AUGGUGCAUCUUCACCUAAAUGCUGGCCUAUGGGCAGCUCUCCUGGCACUGACAUCCCUUCAACCAUGUGCUGCCGACAAGCGCGUUGAUCUCAUCGUCCGCCCCAAUGGCGGAAAUGUUUCUUCGCCGAUUAUGUAUGGAAUCAUGCACGAGGACAUCAACAACUCCGGCGAUGGCGGCAUCUAUGCCGAGCUUAUCCGCAACCGUGCCUUCCAGUCCGGCGACGAGUCCCGUUACCCAGUUACUCUUGAUGGCUGGUCACCCGUCAAUGGUGCCAAACUCAGCUUGAAGAAGCUUCCUAAGCCCCUCUCUUCAGCCCUCCCUUACUCUAUGAACGUGGUGGCUCCAUCCUCAUCAAAGAAGAAGGUCGGGUUCGCCAAUGACGGAUACUGGGGCAUGGACGUCAAAAGGCAAAAGUACACUGGGUCGUUCUACGUCAAGGGCGACUACCAAGGAAAAUCCUUCACAGCUUCGCUUCAGAGUGCUCUGAAUGGCGAGGUAUUCGGGACUACCGAGGUGCCUGUCAAGAAGGACAAGAAGGCCGGCAAUGAAUGGGUCAAGUAUGACUUCAACUUGAUUCCUAGAAAGGCGGCAUCAAACAGCAACAACACGUUCGCCAUCACCUUUGAUGCUGCAGGCGUCCGUGGUGGCUCGCUUGACUUCAACCUUAUCAGUCUGUUCCCGCCGACAUACAAGAACAGGCCGAAUGGGUUGAGGGUCGAUCUAAUGGAGGCUUUGGCGGCAAUGAAGCCGAAAUUCCUUCGCUUCCCUGGCGGCAACAUGCUUGAGGGCAACACCCUCCCAACUUGGUGGAAGUGGAACGAAACGAUCGGAGAUCUCAAGGACCGCCCCGGCCACGCUGGUGUCUGGACUUAUCCUACAACUGCUGGCCUCGGUUUGGUCGAAUACAUGCAAUGGUGUGAGGAUCUUGACGUAGAGCCUAUCCUGGCUGUCUGGAGCGGCCUUGCUCUCGACGGUGGCGAACUCCCCGAAUCGCGCAUCGACGAGGCCGUCCAGAGCGCUCUCGACGAGCUCGAGUUCCUUACCGGCGACGCCUCCACACACUGGGGUGGCAUUCGCGCCAAGAUCCUCGGGCACAAACGCCCAUGGAAGAUCAGAUAUGUUGAAAUCGGCAAUGAAGACUGGCUGGCUGGCCGCCCUACUGGCUUUGAAAAUUACAUCAAAUAUCGCUUCCCGGCUUUCGUCAAGGCGUUCCAGAAGAAGUAUCCCAAGAUCCAACUCAUUGCCUCGCCAUCCGUAUUCGAUGGCAUGACCAUUCCCAAGGGGGUUGCUGGCGAUUAUCACCCGUACUUGACACCGGAUAACAUGGUGUCGCAAUUCAACAAGUUUGAUGCUCUGACGAGGGAUAACUUGACCUUGAUUGGCGAGGCAGCGUCCACACACCCCAACGGCGGUAUUGGCUGGGAUGGCAACCUGAUGCCCUUCCCUUGGUGGGGAGGCAGUGUCGCCGAAGCCAUCUUCCUGCUUGGACUGGAGCGCAACGGUGACAAGGUCAUUGGCACCACUUAUGCUCCUGGUCUUCGCAACCUCAACCGCUGGCAGUGGUCCAUGACGCAAAUUCAGCACGCUGCUGACCCAGCCUUGACCACUUUAUCGACCAGCUACCAUGUCUGGAAGCUCCUGGGCACCACCGCCAUAACCAAGACCCUCCCCAUCACUGCCAAGACCGGCGGAAUCGGCCCCCUCUACUACGUCGCUGGCGAGACUGAAAGGGGCACCAGCGUCUUCAAGGCCGCAGUCUACAACUCUACCGAGUCCGUUGCCGUCUCUGUUCAGUUCGCGGGACUUAAUGGCAAGGUAAAGCAACCGCAUAAGAAAGCGGCGACCGCUACGCUGACGGUCCUGACGGGCCCAGCCAAUCCGUAUGAGUACAAUGACCCGUGGAAGCACAACAACGUGGUUAAGGAGACCAAGACCAGGUUGAAUGCGAAGGAGGGAGGCACCUUUUCUUUCACUCUGCCGCAGCUGAGUGUUGCUGUUUUGGAGACGGAUAGGAACUGA